AUAAAAAAGAAAAAAAUUUGAACCGCGAUCAACAAAUAAAUCAAUGGCCAAACGAAAGAAAAACACGGCUAAAUAUCGUUUUCAAUCUGAUGAUCAUUGUGCUGAUAAUGAAACAAACGAUACGAAUGUCGAAGAAAGUGAAAAAGAUUUGCUCAUACCAACAUCAUAUGAAGAAGAAUUUAGUAAUAAAAGUGCAGCUAAAGAAUCACGAUUAAAACAGAAUCGUAUGACAGAAAUUGAAGAAAAUUAUUUUGAAGAUGAAGAUCGUAAUACUUAUCUAAAUAUUCGUAAUGCUAUUCUUCGAAUCUGGCAUAAUAAACCAUCGGUUGGUCUUACGGCUGAAAUUAUCAAAGCAAAAAUUAAAAUCAACGACAAAAAGAAAUUACAAUUGGCGGAGAAAAUUUUCAGAUUUUUAGAACGAUAUGGUUAUGUAAAUUUCGGUGUGUUUGAAAAUACAUUGCCCGAUAAAUGUGUAAACAUAAAGAAUCGUGAACGAACCGUAAUUGUGAUUGGUGCCGGUGCUUCAGGAUUAGCUGCAGCCAGACAAUUAAUAUAUUUCGGUUUCAAUGUAAUCGUAUUGGAAGCAUCAAAACGUGUUGGUGGUCGAUGUUAUGCAUUCUAUAAGAAUGAAAUAUUUUUCGAUCCAGGCAAUAUUCUUGUGAAUGGAAUCAAAGGCAAUCCAAUACGUACGGUGAUGAAACAAUUGGGUUUGAAUGCCAAACAAUUGAAAUCCAAACAUAAAUUAUAUAUGGAUGGUGAAUUGGUCGAUAAGAAAAAAGAUCUUGUUAUGCAUAAGAUAUUUUUGAUAUUUCUUCGUACACUAUAUUUUCUGGCCAUUGAAAAUCAAAUAACCGAAUUCAAUAAUCAAACACUAUCGCCGGAAAAUAUUUUCGAUGUUUUCAUCUAUUUUCUUGAAACGGCUGCAACGACAAAAGCGAAAGAAAAUUGCCAAAAAAUGUUACAAUUGGAAGAAAAUCUUGGCGAAAAUUUAAUACCAUUAGUACAAGAAUUUGAAUUCUUUUUUCGAAAUAUUCAAUUUUUUCGUUCAUUUAAAUUUAUAAAAACCACCAUACAGCCUCGUCUUGAAGAUCAAACUAAUCGCCAAGAUAAUACCGAUGAUGAUGAUGAUGAUGAUUUUGAUCGAACCAUUGUUUUCGAUCAUACCAUAUUGAAUGAUGGAAAAUUGAAUAAUCAAUGUAGUUUUGCAUCCAUAUUGAAAAGUCAUAUGGCCUUCCUGGAAUGUAUCAUUUUUAAUGAUAUACAUAAAAAAAUAUCGUUGAAAAAAAAUGAAGUUCUCAAUGCCGAUAAAUUCAAAGGUUGUAGUGAAUUUUUUUCCCUAGAAGAUAUGCGAAUAUUUGAAUGGUAUUUUGGUACGUUGGAAUUUUUUCUCGGUGCUCCUCUAUCGGAUUAUUCAUUGCGAAAAUUUGCCGAAGAUGAUUUUGAUCAUUCAAAUGAACAAUAUGUUAUUCCUGAUGGUUAUAUGAAUUUUAUGCAAGCUAUGUAUUCACAAGGAUGUUCAAUGAAAAUUUGGAAACGAAUGCGAGCGGAAAAAAUUGUCAUCAAAUCAAAAGGUGUUGAAGUAUUGGCCAUCAAACAGAAUGAAGGUUCAGAAAUGAUGAGAAUGACAUUCAAAGGUGAUGCAGUUAUCUGUACAUUGCCAUUGGGUGUAUUGAAAAAAGCCAUUCAAGAUCAGAAAGAUGCGAAAUUCACCAAUAACAUUAUUUUUGAUCCACCAUUGCCACAACGAAAAAGACAAGCUAUUGAAAAUUUGGGCAUCGGUACUGUGAAUAAAGUUAUUCUUGGAUUUGAUGAUGAUUUUUGGCACUGUAAAGAUCAAUUUCUUGGCAAUGUUGCCAUGUCACGUGAAUGUAGAGGUGAAUUUCUAAUGAGUUUUUUCAAUAGUCCAACUAAAAAUAAUAAUGAAAUUGAAAUCAAAACAACAACAACAGCAACAACAACAUCGUCAUCGUCAUCAUCAUUAGAUAUUAAUAAAUCGAAUAAAGGGAAAAAAUCCAUUCAAAUGAAACAAAAACCAAAACAAAUGUAUUCAGUGACAUCUGUAUUAUGUGGACAAAGUGUUGAAACAAUUAGCCAUAUGAAUCAUUUAUUGAAUGAUAAUGAUAAUGAUGAAACUACCGCCACCACAACCACCAAUAAUGAAGAUGUAAUAAUUGUAAGUAAAUGUUAUAGUGGCCUGAAAGAAAUAUUUGAAAAUAUACCACAAUAUACCAGAGCAUUGGUUACACAUUGGGAACGUGAACCAUUUUAUUUGGGAACACAUUCCUAUCAAUCGAUACGAUCACAUACGAAUGAUUAUGAUAUUAUUGCCGAACCAGUUUUGGCUCCAUUCAAUCAUAUUCCACGAUUAUUUUUUGCUGGUGAACAUACUAGCCUUGAAUAUCCAGCCACUGUACAUGGUGCAUUUUUAUCCGGUUUACGUGCAGCAACUGAAGUGGCCAAUUGUUUUGAUCCAUUGAUGUUUUAAAUGAAAACAUUUUUUUUUUUGUAUUUAUUUUGUCAAAUUAAAUCAAAGAAGAAAAGUGAAACAAUUUA